GACUUAUUUUUUAACCGAUUCAAUCUUAUAUCAUAGAGUUUUAUUUCCAAAUAAAUAUAAAUUCAAUAAAUUGAUUGUUGAGUAAACAAGUCUUCUUAUUGUUCAGUGAUUUUGUGAUAUUUAUUUGUAUAAGUGGAAUGGAUCCGCCCACCUCACCGGCCAGAGUUGUGAAAGUAUUGGGUCGUGUUGGGGCCAGGGGUAUUUUCACGGAAGUUCGCGUUGAGUCGUUAACAUUUCCGCGCAUGCAAAUGCUCAAAGCUGUCAAAGGUCCCGUUCGUUUGGGUGAUAUUAUCACUAUUAAUGACGUAUAUCAGGAUAUUGAAUUUCCAAAAUAGUAAUUAUGUUAAAAG